AUGCAAACGGACAAUGUUGUUAAGAAAGACGAGAAAGCCAUAGCGCAAGCUGCAGAGUAUCUAGCGGAUCUGCACAGUAUUUCAAAAAGCAUUCGGCCCUUGCCUUCGUGGAUGUUAACAACAACCAAUGGAGAUAGCUACGAAGAUGCCAUGACCCAACAGAAGCCGCAGCCAAGAGCCCGUCGGCCAUCUUCCAGAAGAUAUGGAGUGCAUAGAUCUGCGCUGUUUAUUGUCAUCAUCGUUAAUAAUAAGAAAUGUUUCAGUGCUGUGCUUCAUUCGUACAUUGAACAGUUACUGAAAAAAGGGCUGAGCAUAGAAUUUUUCAUAGAAGGAACUAGAUGUCGGUUUGGUAAAUCACAACUACCUAAACAUGGACUUAUAUCUAAUGUUGUAAAAGCCGUACAGGAGAGAACUAUAUCAGAUUGUUAUUUAGUACCGGUAUCGUAUACAUAUGACAGCGUUGCCGAAGGUGUGUUUUUGGACGAACUAAUGGGGAUACCCAAAGAUUACAUGAAUGCACUUCACGAAGCACUGUCAUCUCGCAAUGUCAUGCCUCAGCUGAGUCGUAUUCCCCACACAGUAUCAUACAGAGAACUUGUUCCCUGGCAUGCAGGACAUAAAGAAAAACCAGAUGACAGGAGUUUAAUACGAGCUAUAGGCUACCAUAUUGUGCAUGAGGCGCAGUCCAUUAUUUCCAUCUCUUUGGUUUCUGUAAUCUGUUCACUGCUGCUAUGCAAGUUCCGCCAAGUUGGUUUUUUUCCAUAUGGUCAUAUACGAGUUUGUCCAUUAUUUGCCGAACUUUUAAAGCUGUUGUGA